AUUAAAGCAAAUAGCCAACAGAAUCCAUUCAACCAGUUGUAAACACAAGCACAUGCGUCGCGCGUUAGGACUUUGGAAACCAUCUCGAUGGCUUGUUUUAGAAAAUUGGGUCCUGUUCUUUCAAACCGCCUUGAAGUUCCAUUCAAAACAGCAGUACGGUUCAGAAACAGGGGUCUGGUACGGAAGCCGGUGCGGGUAAUCACACCGACAAAGGAACCGUCUAAAAUCUCCGCAAGCGACUUCGGAGUACCGGUCUUCACGAAGCUGGGCAAAGAUGACGAAGAAUUCACAACCACCAUGGCAUCUUUGAAGAACAGACGCCGGCGAGACAAGGCCAACAAAAUUGUCCUGGAGGGACGGAGGUUGAUAGCUGACGCUCUUCAGGCCGGCAUCGAAGUGGACACUAUCUACUUCAGCCUGCCGGAGAACAUAGAGGGGUUGCCACUGGACGCGCUCAAGGAGGGACAGCUGAAAAAAGUCUUCUUUAAGAAAAUGAAGAUUUGGUCGGACCUUACAACGUGCCCUGGAGUCAUGGGAGUGUUCACGAAGCCAUCACUGGGUGACCUGCAGGUGAAAAGAAUUGGCCCCAUGAUCCCUGUGACGGUGAUUUGUGACAAUGUCAGAGACCCCGGCAACAUGGGAGCGCUGAUUCGUAGUGUGGCAGCCGCAGGCUGUCAACAGAUGUUCCUUAUGAAAGGCUGCGUAGACCCUUGGGAGUCCAAGGUGCUCCGUGCAGGGUGUGGUGCCCACUUCCGCGUCCCCAUCUGCAACAACGUAAUGUGGGAGACGAUACCCAGCUAUGUGGACACCAACUCCUCCGUCUACCUGGCCGACAGUAGGGGAGAGGGACGUCCUUCCAAGGUGGAAGCAGAGCAAACUGCUGAUGACGAAGAGUCAUCUUCGGACGAGGAUUCCGAGGACGAGGGAGAUGUCCGCUUUGUGGUGAAGACCAGUGAUGGCCAGAAACUGAGGGUGGACAGGUCCUACAGGGAUGCCUCGGAGCUCGAAGCCUGUAGGCAGGUGGUUUUGCCGUGCCACGACUACACCGCAGUGACAUACCCGGCGAGACGGCCCAGCGUUCUGGUCGUAGGUGGCGAAGCACAGGGUCUGAGCACUCAGGCGCACAAACUGGCUGUCGACUGCGGGGGAAGCAGGGUUCACGUGCCUUCCGACAACGAGGUGGAGAGCCUCAACACUGCCGUCGCGGCAUCCAUCAUCCUCUUCGAGAUGAGGAGACAGAUCAUGCUUGCUGCUUCUGCCUCCCAAUCGAGCCACAAGCAAGCAGAUGCCAGUGCAUGAUGCAAGUGGUACCAUCGUUACUCCCCGUCCAGAUUAGUGGUAUCUUUGUCCAUUUAGUAUGGUAAAAUUGUUGCUUGAAUACAUAUCUCUGCGGCCAGACUUUCGCUGCAUUUGGCAUUUUGAACUAUUUCUCUGUUCCUUGUCCUAAUUAAAUUAAUCAAGUGUCAGUCAAUUUAGUAUGGCAACAUCGUUUCCCGAACACAUUUCAUAACUCGGCCAAAUGCAGGCGAUCCUUGGAUAAAUAAAUGUCUUCACUCA